AAAACUAGAAAAAUGACUGCAACUUCCUGUCCUAAACCAAGAAAUUCAAGAAAAGUAGUACUAUUGACCAACUGACCUUACCCAUCUCCAUUAUAAAUAGAUGUUCUUGUUAAUAAUACUUCCUCAUUCCAAACAACCAUAAGUCCCUUCUUUCUUGAAAGUGAACAGCUUGUUCUCAGCUAUUUCAACAAUAACUAAUAGCCAAUGGCACCACCACCCUCUUCUCUAGUGUUCAAGGUUAACCGGCGAGAACCUGAACUAUUAGUUCCUUCAAAGCCUACGCCUCAUGAGUUCAAACUCUUGUCUGACAUCGAUGACCAAGACGGUCUCCGGUUUCACAUUCCCGUGAUACAAUUUUACCGGUAUGAUCCUUCAAUGAAAGGGAAAGACCCCGUUAAGGUUAUCAGAGAAGCAAUUGGUAAAACGCUAGUUUUUUACUAUCCAUUUGCUGGUAGGCUUAGAGAAGGGCCUGAGCGUAAGCUUAUGGUGGAAUGCACUGGUGAAGGUGUUCUGUUUAUUGAAGCUGAUGCUGAUGUUAGUCUUGAAGAUUUUGGGGAUGCUCUUCAACCUCCAUUUCCUUGCUUGGAAGAUCUUCUUUUCGAUGUCCCUGGCUCUACUUCUGUUCUAAACUCAGCCUUGUUGCUUAUUCAGGUGACACGACUCAGUUGCGGCGGUUUCAUUUUCGCUCUUCGUUUGAAUCAUACGAUGAGCGACGCUCCUGGUUUAGUUCAGUUCAUGUCUGCUGUCGGAGAAAUAGCACGUGGAGCACAAGCUCCCUCUGUUCUUCCUGUCUGGGAAAGACAUCUUCUUAAUGCGAGAAAUCCACCGCGUGUGACGUGCACACAUCGUGAGUACGAUGAAGUAGCUGAUACUAAAGGAACAAUAGUUCCUCUCGAUGAUAUGGCUCAUCAAUCCUUCUUCUUUGGACCAUCUGAAAUCUCCGCUCUUAGAAGCCUAGUCCCACCUCAUCUUUCUAAUUGCUCUACUUUUGAAUUAUUAACGGCAUGUCUCUGGAAAUGUCGUACAAUUGCAUUACAGCCAGAACCUGAGGAAGAAAUGCGCAUGAUUUGUAUUGUCAAUGGACGGGCUAGAUUUAAUCCUCCAUUGCCCACAGGGUAUUACGGUAACGGAUUUGUCUUUCCGGUGGCCGUGGCAACUGCCGGAGAACUCGCUCAAAAACCACUGGGUUUUGCAUUAGAGUUGAUAAGAGAGGUUAAGCGUAGUGUGAAUGAAGAGUACAUGAGGUCAGUGGCGGAUUUAAUGGUGGUUAAGGGUAGACCUCAUUUUACAGUAGUAAGGAGUUAUCUAGUGUCAGAUGUGACUCAUGCAGGAUUUGGGGAGGUUGAUUUUGGGUGGGGGAAGGCUGCGUAUGGCGGACCAGCCAAAGGAGGGGUAGGAGCCAUUCCUGGAGUGGCUAGCUUCUAUAUACCAUCCAAAAAUGAAAAAGGAGAAAACGGGAUCGUUUUGCCUAUUGUUUUGCCUGCUCAGGCAAUGGAGAUAUUUAUAAAGGAGCUUAAGGGUAUGUUACAGAACCAAGCAAUCAGCAGUGCCACUAAAUCCACAUUUAUAAUCUCUGCCUUGUAGAUGGAAAGGAAAGUGAAGGCGUUGCUAUUUAAAAACUAAAAGCUGUGUGUUGGGUGACGUAAUAUAACAAUUCAAGUAAAAUGAAUUUAUGUGUAAUAGCAUAAGAUGUAUAAUAUAAAGUUAGAUGGUUUUGAAAUUUUCUAUUUUUUCUUUAAUACAGUAAUUACUUAAUUAAUUGAG